AUGGGUUCUGAGCAAUCAUCGGCGGCGGCUGCUCGGGAGGCAAGUUCUAACGCCAGGAGGAGCGAGAGCCCCCGCAGUGGCGGCAGGUUGGUACGCGGCCACACGAUCGCUGCCUCCGGAUGCGAGGCCGCCAAAAUGGAGCGGCCUACAAGCAUAUCUCCUGGACCGAGCGUCUGUUCUGACGCCGAUUUGCCGUAUAUAUCAUACACUGUCAAUCGACCUAUUGGAGAUUCACCAAAAUUAAAAAACAAGAAUCUCAAACAACCUCUAAUGACGAGGUCGCGAAGCACGGGCCUGGGCAAGAACAAAAAUCAGGCCCAAGGCGGCAAAUAUUCUUCAAACAGCAAACAGCCGCCAGCAAGCGCUUCUGCAGCUUUAGGACGCGCAACUAAGGCGCAUAAUAUUGUUGUUGUGAAAUCAGGAGCUGCACAAGGGGGACCAGAAUCGGAUCCUGACAUUCAAAGACUUCAAAGCAUUCCAAUGUUUUUACCUGUUAUGAGAGGGACUUUGAAUUUACCAUCUCAUAGGGAUCCAGAGGUAUUAGAACGCUUGCAGCCUGCACCACUACGCGCCCUUUGUCUUAAAAUGCAAGCUCAUUAUGCAACGAGGGCUAAUGAUGUGGCAGCUGAACAAAAUAAUAUUGUUCAAAAAAUAAAAGAGACUGAUGCAGAUAUAAAUCGUCUGAUGGCUGGUUUAACGGACAACCAGAAACGUUAUGCAAAGUACGCGGAAAAACUAUCAAAGGUUUAUGAUGUUUCACAUCAGGUUAAGAAAUGUCAUAUGCUCUUAAGUCAAACUUUAGAAAGUUUAAAUACUUUGAAUAAUUGUUUGCCUUUAGAGGAUAGACUAGAACCAUUUGUCUGGUCAGCCAGUUAA